AUCUUCACAUCCGUUCCGUCCAGUCACGCAGCGCUGCUACAGUAGCCAGAGUCAGAGACACAUAACAACAACAACAAAGAAAGCGCCCGGCAAUCGAAAGUAACCGGUCGCCAUACAGUACCCACGCCAUAUUGUUAUCUGAAGCUGCAUAAUCUCUCACACUCGAGUGCUGGGCCUGUAGUAUCCAGAUGGUGUUUAAUAUUGUCCCACGGGCACGUGAUGAGGAGGUAGCGCGACCGAUCCGUGUAGGAUGAAGCGACACUAGGACACCUUGUGGAGCUCCAAAUUUAGACCGUCCGUUUUUUGUUUGUUUCGAUAACGACCGCCAAAGGUGAUAACGAUCACGCAAAAUUGUCGCUGAGCCCCGGUUCGGGUUCGGGUGCUAAACAGAUGUGCUUAAUUAGAGUGUGUGAACGAAUUAGAUUAAUUUGUUUUUAACCACUGCGUUACAGUGAACGGUUGUGUUGGAACAAAAGUGAAAUUGGAACAUCACGCUGCUCCACGAAAUUGACCACGUCUAGGCAAUUCUGUGGUUGGCCAAAAUAAGACCAAAAAAGAAACCACAAGUACGAGAUAUAUCCUACUGAUAACGUGCAAACUCGACAAAACGGUCACCGACUCGUUUGACGUGCUAUCGUGAGGCCUGUCCGGCUCGGUGGAAUUUAGUGCGACCGUCCCAGCAACGCGAAAAGCCAGUGGCAAGCGUUUGCCCCGGGGAUAUCACAAAAGUCCCACGGUGUACUGGAAACGUGUCAAGAAGUGAAUCAUUCCGCGUUGCUCACCGAACGACCGACACGUAUCCGGUUGGUGUAUCCUGGCGUCCGAAGCCUCACACCAGUGCACCAGACGAAAGUAGUACGUCCCAGGUUCUCUCGACGUAAUACCCGACACAAGCUAAGCGCCGUGCAUUUGCAAAGCUACUGUUAGUGUGUAAACAUCGCCGAGACGACAACAUACCCAACACCAUCAUGAUUAUAUUCCUCUACCUGAUACUGGUGUUGGCCUGGGCGCUUCUCAUCAUCAUUCUGAAAUGCAAAAAAGCACGCGCCAAGCGGCUGGCGGAACAGGAAGAGAUGGCCCAGCCGGUGCACGUGGUGCAGAUCGGGUCAAACCUCUACGACAUUAUGUCACUGCACCGGGACAACUACAGCGGUGUGUACAGCUGUCUCGAGCACGGUACCAUCGCGCAACACCGGCAGCGUGCCUCGGCCAGCGUGACCCACUCGAAUGCGGCCUUCGUCGGUGACGAUGGGUCCGUGUAUCCGGGGAACGGCAUGGUUGCCCUGGAACCGCCACCAUCGUACGAGGAAGUGAUACGGCUCCCUGCCUACUAUCCCAAGGUGGAAACGUUCGUGCCGGAAAUGGUUGUUCCACCGUCGCUACCGCGGCCCCACACGGUAGCUACCCAACAACCGGCCCAGCUACAUCAACCAACUCGUCCCGGCACGUUGGAUCUCUCUGCGGUGGCAACGAUUGCAUCUGGCACGACCGGUCCGGGAACGCCAACGGAACCGACCGUCGAUGCAAACGGAAAUCGUAUCAAGGGAACGAACAGCAGCAGUAAUAGUAGUUGUACACCCUUCACAACCACCACCACCGUAACGGUGCAGCAGACUGCUAGCUCGUAACAAGGAUCGACCACGACACACAGCCACGGAAAUGGUGGCGUUUCGGAAUCGAAAUCAUCAAGUGCCUAGCGGGUGACCCACUGGACCCACCACACACACACACUCCGAGCGUUUGGGUGCACCUUGGGGGGUCUCGGACCGUCUGUCGGAAAUGGGAAACGGACAGGGAAGAUUAGUGCAUACAUAUCUCCAGUAUCUUGUAUCUGUGACUGUGUUUUAAUUUCGUUUCUAACCACACGUCCACACACAUCCAAGCACACAAGCGCCGGAUGGCACACGAAGCAAAUGCGUUACUGACGAGCGUACUAGCGUACCUAUGUAUUCUGUAGAAGGCUGGCCGUGGUUUCUUUGGUUUGUCUCUAGGUGCCCAAACCGAGCGGUUUAUCGAAAUUGACUCUUGUGGAGAAAUAUAUGCGAUACAAUUACAC